AUGAAGACGGAGGUUUUUUGUCUGCUAAUCUGUCUCGGCGCCGUUACCUCCUUAUCGAGGAAACAAGAGGCAGCCGAGCAAAGCCGUAGGAAAGUAGCGUCGCCGGGGUUACAAAAGAAGCCGGCUGCACCGCAGGAGCAAGAAGAAUACGAUGAAGACGAAUUUCAGGAACAAUGUCCUGAAGCCAACGGUUACUUUCCAGAUCUAGAACAGUGCGAUAAGUAUUAUGACUGUAGGGACGGUAAACACACCGAGAAACUAUGCCCGGACGGUCUGGUAUUCAAUGACUUUAGUCCUCAACACGAAAAAUGCGAUCUCCCCUUCGGAAUUGACUGCUCGAAGAGACCAAAACUACAGAAACCACGGCCAUCGCCUCACUGUCCCCGAAUGCACGGUUAUUUCGCCCACGAGGAUCCCCGGAUAUGCAGCACGUUCUAUUACUGCGUCGAAGGGAAGUUUAACAUGAUCACUUGUCCAGACGGUCUGGUCUUCUCUGAGAAGACAGGCAUUUGCAAUUGGCCGGACGAGGCGCAAAAGAAGGGUUGCGGCUCCAGAGAACUAUUCAAUUUCACCUGUCCAAAAGUGGACGACUCGGUCGCCGCGACGCAUCCUCGGUAUCCAGACACCGAGGACUGUCAAUACUUUUAUGUCUGCGUGAACGGCGAGAUACCUAGGAGAAGCGGUUGCAAAUUGGGACAAGCUUUCGAUGAACGCACUGGGAAGUGUGACUGGGCCAGAAAGAUACCUGAAUGCAAAGACUGGUACAAAGGUCAAUUGACCGACGAGGAAUUGGAUGCAUUGGAGAAUCCACCACCGAGACGGAAACCGAGCGGUGGUCCGAGCAGAAGAAAAGGCGUGAAACCAACAUAG